CGCGUAAUAAACUAAUAAUUCACCCUUAAAGCCGAUAAAGCUCCCCUUCUCAACAGUCUCCAAAACUUGGAUCAUUUUCUUAGCAUUUUUCCAAAAUCACUACCACAAAAACCUACUGAUCUCGCAAUUUCAGAAACUUGAAACAGUAUUGUUUCAAUUGUAUAUAUGUAUUGGGGAUUAUGGGAUUGUUUAAGAGACUCGUGGGCCUGCUAGGGUUUGAUCGAGACGAAGAACAGCAUCAACACGACGAUGCAGCUGCGGACGCCGCCGGCCCAUCAUCGUCUUCGUCUCCGGGAGCGGCUCCUCUAGAGGCGUUCGCUUCAGCUCACCAUCUUCCGCGCAGGGGCUUCAGUGUCCCUGUUCAAGUCCCCGUUGAGCGAGCCCCGCCUCCUCCGCUCCUCGUGUUCUGCCCCGCCGGGGACGGUGGAAUUCAGGGUUUGAGAUGGUAUGCAAAACGCCUUAGGAUAGACGAAGAUGGUGAUAUUGCUGAUGAGUUUCUGGAUGAGGUCGCACCCGAUACAUCAUCCAGCAUGAAAGAGCCUGAUAACCAGUUGCCAAGAUUUGAAGUGAACUACAGCACAAGACCUGCUAAAGUUAAAAACUUGGCUCUUUUACCCAACGGUAAAAUUCAACACCUCGUCGAGUACCAGGGCAGGCUGGAAUGGGUUUAGGGGAAUUAUGGAGCAAGUGUUGACAUUCUAUCUAGUGAGAGUUUUUAUUGUGUGACAUUUAAUUGAGUUCCUGGGUCGAAAUAGAAGGUGAAGAAGAUGAAAUACAAUGAUGGUUAACUGUGAAUGCACGGUGUAUUACUUGAACUGUUUUUUCAUGACCAUGGAAAAUUGUAAGUUGAGUUGAACCUUCCACAUAUUUGGUAUAUACGGGCAACUAAAGUGUUCAGAAUUCUAUA